UUUUGUUUGAUGAUAAAACGAUGCAACCAUGGUAACCCUAGAAAAAUGCUUGAACUUUUGAAUAUCGAAAUUUUGCUGUGAGGAUUGGACGAAUGGGUCAGCUGAAGUAAUUUGUUUCCAUCAUUGUACAAAAAUGGUCUAAGGAAUUUAACAAAAAGUGCGAUCGGCACACUAAGGGAAUCAAAAAUGUGUUUUCGACAAAUAUACUCAAAUAUCAAAUUCAAGUGCUGGCAUCGUGAAGAUGACGAAAACGUUGAACUGGUCAACCGUGUCUCACUUCACGAUGACCCUUUGCAAGCAGAUCGCAUCCUUUCAGGACCAUCUAGUGCGGGAACAGAGGGUCUUCGGGCUAGAUUCAAACUCACCUACAACAUUCAACUUCCCUCGGAACAUACCUAUCUAGGUAAACUGGAGAGGGUCGAAAGCUCUGAACUCUUCGAACCUGGCUCCGUUCACAGAAUCCCAAUCAAUGGGCAUCAUUCCAUAGUGUAUCCGGGUGAAACGAUUCCGUUGAUUUUGACCAACAAUCUGCUGGAAUUCGAUGGCCACAGCGAAAGCGCCCUGAUAGGUUUAGUAUUUUGGGAGCACCCACAUAAAAAACGCAUAUUCGGAGUCGUUUGCCAGGUUUGUGAAAAAAAUAUUCGUGAAUCAUCAAUUGUCCUGAAAACCCUAGCUCGACAACGGUUCGAACUGGUUCCGCAAACUGAUGGAGCUCUCACCCGAUCAGUCCAACGGGAGGGUCGUGCCCAGUACUACGCUGAGGUAAAAAUUCUUCCCGAAGUGCUUUUGGCUGAUCCACUGACGACGUUCUGCGUUACCAACGUUGCCAGAAUCAACAACCUAUCCCGAAACCGACUACUCGCAGCCCAGUCCAGCGUUUGGCCCAAAUUUGUGUACGACCAGUACGGUUCGAACGAGGUGCUUUUCAAGGUUCGAAGAUUUUUGGAGUUUUUGCGGAUCGAAUCCGUCCCCACGGCCGACCCCGUGAUGCUUUCCUUUUGGUUGGCUCGAAACAUUCCGCUGAGUGAAACCGACCGAAAGGAGCUGUUUUUCUCGAAUUCAGUGCUCUCCAGGAUGUUGUUGGUCAAUAAUAUUCUGGACUAUACAUGUGCGUUUUGCUGCAAAAAAUGUGAUCGGCGGAUUGCUAACUACGCGGAUAUGUUUGCGAUGUCCAAACAGGGCGUCAGCAGCAGCUACUGCAAUCCGUCCGGUUUUGUGCACGAAACGCUGACCGUGUAUCGGACGGUGGUGCGGACUGUUCGCACCUCAACCAAACCGUCGACCGAUUUCAGCUGGUUCCCGGGCUACUCGUGGCAGAUUGCGAUUUGUAACGCAUGUAAUAAUCAUGUGGGUUGGAAAUUCAUUGCCACCAGGCGUGGUUACAAACCAAAGAAAUUCUACGGGCUCUGCGGCAAGAGUAUUCGGGUAGCUUCGGAUCGCAGAUUGGAGGACAAUGAGCUACCGAGGGAAACCGGUAGCAACAAAGCUAGAACACUUACAAGCACAGCUAACAUUUAGAUGAUCGAUAGGGUCAAUCUAGAAUGAAUGUUGUAAACGCAACUCUUGGAAGAUUUUCUAGAAGAACUUCUAGAUCAGUACACCAUAUUUAGCAAGUUGGCUAACAUAGAAUCGGUAGCAGAGACUGAACGAGAGAAUUGAUAGACUGGUUGAAUUUUACGGAAUUACGCAAGAUAUUUUUACAUUUCUCUACUCGUGAAUUGUACGUGCUAUUUAGCUUUUACCAUAGAAAUAAUGAAAAGUAAAAUAAACCAUUUUAGUUAA